GGCUACUUUUGCUUCGCCAACAAACUCUUAUACUGAGAGUGAGAGCCCUCCUCUGAGGAAUCUUCAUGAGGCAACCAGCAACUAAAAAAAGCUGCCAAAACAAUGAAGGACAGCAAGAAGAAGUAGAAGAGCUUAACCCCUCCACAGCUUUCCUCCAAUGCCUGGAGCUAAUCCUCCCGUGGCUAACACCACAAGAACUGGCCACUGUUUCUCUAACCUCCAAAUCCCUCAACCAGAUCUCCAAAUCCAUAACUCACCGCCGAUCCUCCGACGCUUCCGGAUCCUCCGAGAACCUCCCCAUCCCAUUCCACAACACCGCCGACGAUCGCCUCUACGCCUACUUCAUCUACACCCCUUCACAAAUUCUCCCCUCUUUUGCCUCGCAAUUCCGACGCCAAUCUUGGGGCUCGGGCGGCUCCAGCGCGAGACCCAACUCGGUGAGUCGGCUCUGCGUAGAACCGGUGAGUUUGGUGGACGAGUUGGGUGAGAUUUUAUCUGGGUGUGAUUGCCAGAGGUGUGAGGACGAUGAUCGGUGUCCGUGUAUUGGGUUGAAUGGUUCGGAUGUGGCGAGCGAGUGCGGACCGAGUUGUGGGUGCGGGUUGGAGUGUGGGAAGCGGUUGACUCAGAGAGGGGUUUCGUUGCGGCUGAAGAUUGUGAGGGAUAGCAGGAAAGGCUGGGGUUUGUUUGCAGACCAGUUCAUUGGUAAAGGCCAAUUUGUGUGCGAGUAUGCAGGUGAACUUUUGACAACCAAAGAGGCAACAAGGCGGCAACAAAUGUAUGAUGAACGUUUAUCAGGUGCCCAUUUUUCUUCUGCUCUUUUGGUUUUGAGAGAGCAUCUCCCAUCUGGGAAAGCAUGCAUAAGAAUGAAUAUCGAUGCCACAAGAAUAGGAAAUGUUGCGCGGUUUAUCAACCAUUCAUGCGAUGGUGGUAACUUAUCGACGAAACUGGUGAGAAGCACAGGAGCUUUGCUGCCUCGCAUUUGCUUCUUUUCUUCAAGAGACAUAAAAGAAAAUGAGGAGCUUAGUUUUAGCUAUGGUGAAACCAGGCUAAGGUCUAAUGGUUUGCAGUGCUUUUGUGGUAGCUCUUGUUGCUUUGGAACAUUGCCUUCCGAGCAUACUUAGUCCUAGAGGUCUCCCAAUGAUUCAUUGCUUUGGAACACUUAAUUUUGACAAUAUCUUUACUGUUUAUUUUGGAAAUUUUUAUUGGUGGGCCAUUUUUUUUUUUGCAAAAGAAAUAUAAGGCAAAAAUUUCAUAUGUAUGGAUUUACUGCUCGACUUUGAAGGUUGUUUUGUUCAUGACGGGACUAUAUGCCAGAGUCCUUCGCUUGAAUUUACACAGUUGGAAAUUCCACUGCAGGCAAAUAUGUCUUGUUUUGA